CACACGCUUUCCUUUGGGUGUACUGCUUUCCCCCUCCUUCCCCUCCUCGACACUUCUCGAAUCCGCCUCCUCCCGAAUCUGCAUCAGCUAAUAGUCCGAAGGCAAGAGCAUAGAGAUAACAGAGGAGCUCGGUGGUAGCGAUUUCUUGUGGCGCGUGCGAGCUUGCUCUUGGACAAGAGAAGAGUGCGGGAGAGAGGAGGAUCAAGAAAAAGGGAACAGAUGGCAGCGUACCGAGCGGAGGACGACUACGACUACCUGUUCAAGCUGGUGCUGAUCGGGGACUCCGGGGUGGGCAAGUCCAACCUCCUCUCCCGCUUCACCAAGAACGAGUUCAACCUCGAGUCCAAGUCCACCAUCGGCGUCGAGUUCGCCACCCGCAGCAUCUCCGUCGACGGCAAGGUCCUCAAGGCCCAGAUUUGGGACACUGCCGGCCAAGAAAGGUACCGUGCCAUAACAAGUGCUUAUUAUCGGGGAGCGGUAGGUGCAUUGCUCGUGUAUGAUGUCACUAGACGUGCUACAUUUGAGAAUGUUUCUCGUUGGCUGAGGGAGUUGAGGGACCACACAGAUCCUAACAUAGUCGUCAUGCUCAUCGGGAAUAAAUCAGACCUCCGUCACCUUGUUGCUGUUCCUACUGAAGACGGCAAGGCUUAUGCUGAGAGAGAAUCUUUAUAUUUUAUGGAAACAUCUGCACUGGAUGCAACAAAUGUGGAGAAUGCAUUUGCAGAGGUCUUGACUCAGAUUUACCGUAUUGUCAGCAAGCGAGCAGUCGAGGCGGGUGACGAUGCAACAUCUUCUAUUCCUGGUAGAGGUGAGAGAAUAAAUGUGAAAGAUGAUGCUUCGAAGAAACUUGGGUGCUGUUCAACUUAGGUGAAGUGUGGAGGCGAAUGGCAGGGCAAAGUCUCCUUUGGCAAGCACAGCAGAAGCAUGUAGCCAUCUCCAUGCCUAAGCUUUCCUGCCCGAGGAGGCCUGCACUGUGAUUCUUGAGCCCUCACAGGUUCCUUCCUCCCUGCACCUUCCACUCUCGGGUGUGGCUUGAUGAGAUCAGCACCUGCUGGGGAGGUGCAUUUAUAUAGCCGUCUUUCAGACAAGGCCAACACGGUCGGAUGUGGCUAUGGAUAUGCCUGGAAGAUGGGAAGUAUGCCGGAGGAGCUGCCUUCCAUCUGCCCUUUCCUCUUUGCUCUUCUUCUGAAUGGGUCCACUGCUCCUCAGUCUCUUACCACUCCUCAAUUAACACCUGAUAUAUAGUUCAGAGGAAUAGUUUGUGUUACGGUCUAAGUCAUACGGAAGUGGAGCUUAUGUUGGUGCAGGAAUCUCUGCUAAAAGAAAUCACCUUUCUUUCCUUUUUCA